AUGGAACAAAGAGGGCGAUAUGUGUGGAGGAUGCGUGCGCAAUUGGUCGUCUUCGUGAUGACUUCGCUUUGGGUUUUCAGCGUGGCCUCGGCUCAGAUAAGCUACUCUAUCCCUGAAGAGGUUAAAGAGGGAACAGGUGUUGGCAACAUAGCGAAGGAUCUCGGAGUAGAUCUGAACGUAAUGAAGGAGAGGGGAUUCCGCAUCACGUCUGCUGCAACGGAGCCUCUUUUCAAGGUGAACGAGAAUGACGGCGUCCUUUAUGUGAACCGGGAAAUUGACAGAGAGGCGAUAUGCGGCGAGGUCGGCGCGUGUUUGAUUAGCCUUAAAAUGAUUUUAGAAAACCCGCUGGAGGUCCAUUAUGUCACGGUCGAGGUAUUGGAUAUAAACGACCAUUCGCCGAUCUUCCCGGAGAGAGAGAAGAGACUCGAGAUCUCGGAGUCCGCCUUGCCGGGAGCGAGGUUUCAAUUACAAGAUGCGCGCGACCCCGACGGGGGCUCGAAUUCUGUUCAGCAGUAUAAACUCAGCCAGAACAACCAUUUCCGAUUACAAGUCAAAGAUCGCGGAAGAGAUGGGAAAACCCCGAUCUUACAACUGCAGAAACCGCUAGACAGGGAGGAGAGGAGGAACCACCGGUUAAUACUGACGGCGAUAGAUGGCGGAAAUCCUCCAAAGUCCGGCACAGUUGAAAUAUACAUUGACGUUUUAGAUGUGAAUGACAACAUGCCCGCCUUCACAAAGGACACGUAUUCUGCCGUGCUGCCAGAGAACUGCCCCAUUGGCACGACAGUGAUGCGAGUUAAUGCCACGGAUUCAGACGACGGUUCCAACGGAGAGGUGGUUUACUCUUUUGGAAGUAAUGUCAAAAGUAAAAUACGUGAGCUGUUUGACAUCAACUCCAUUUCCGGGGAGAUCACCGUGAAAGGCCAGGUAGAUUUUGAGGUUCAAGACAGCUACGAUUUUGACAUACAGGCCUCCGAUAAGGGAAGCAUCCCUUUUAGAACAGAUAAGGGCAUUAUAGUUAAAAUCGCAGACUUAAACGACAACGCCCCCGAAAUAGAGGUGACGUCGUUGUCAAACGCAAUCUCGGAAGACUCGCGACCAGGGACAACGGUAGCGCUGAUCAGUAUCACUGAUUUGGACUCUGAACUCAACGGAAAAGUUAUCAGCUAUUUAGUUGAAAAUAACCCGUUUACAUUAACUUCAUCAAUUCAAGAGAACAUGUUUGCUGUGGUCACUAAGUCACAGCUAGACAGGGAAGCCCAGUCAGUUUAUGAUGUGACUAUAGUUUGCAAAGACGCGGGGGAGCCCUCCUUGAUAUCUGAAACAACAAUAAGUAUUGUCGUGUCUGAUGUAAACGACAAUAGUCCAGCAUUUUCACAAAGCCCCUAUUCAUUUUAUGUCACUGAGAAUAACACUCCAGGAGCAUCGGUACUUUCAGUGAGGGCAUCCGAUGUCGACGAGGGCAGCAAUGCUCUCAUUUCAUAUCAUAUUCUCCGGGAUGGAACUAGUGACAAUAAACUGACUUCCUUUCUUAACGUCAACCCUGAAAAUGGUGAUAUAUUGGCACUCAAGAGUUUUGACUUUGAAACUUUGAAGACUUUCCAGUUCCACGUGGUUGCCACGGACUCCGGAAGUCCCCCGUUGCGCAGCAACGUGACAGUGAACGUGUUCAUCCUGGAUCAGAACGACAACGCUCCAGUCAUCUUGUAUCCAGUCAGCGCUAACGGUUCUGCUGAAGGUGUGCAGGAGAUUCCCCGCAAUGUGAACGCAGGUCAUCUGGUGACUAAAGUGAGAGCGUAUGACGCUGAUAUAGGAUAUAACGGCUGGUUGUUAUUUUCACUGCAGGAAGUCACUGACCACAGUCUGUUUGGUUUGGACCGCUACACAGGGCAGAUAAGAACACUUCGCUCAUUCACAGAGACAGACGAGGCUGAACAUAAACUGGUCAUACUGGUGAAAGACAAUGGGAACGUGUCACUCUCAGCAACAGCUACUGUGGUUGUCAAGGUUGUGGAGCCCAAAGAGGCUUUUGCUGCUUCUGAUGUUAAAAGUGCAGCAAAAGAUGAAGACGAGGACAAUGUGACACUUUAUUUGAUGAUAACUUUGGGCUCAGUUUCAGCACUUUUCCUCAUCAGCAUCAUCGUGUUGAUAGUAAUGCAGUGCUCCAAACCUGCAGACUAUUCCUCCAAGUAUUUACAAGACCCUAAUUAUGACGGGACUCUGUGUCACAGCAUCCAGUACAGAUCUGGAGACAGACGGUACAUGUUAGUUGGACCCAGAAUGAGUAUAGGAUCUACUAUAGUCCCAGGAAGCAAUGGGAAUACUCUAGUGGUCCCAGACAGGAGGAGACGAGCAUCUGUAGAGGUAAGAAGUGUUUAA